AGCAGUUGGAUGAGACUACGGUCUGACCGUUUAUCAGUCCCCUAGUGAUAUAUAAGCUCAUUGAUAGUACGGCCUCUAGAUAACAACUAACCAGAUCCUACCACAAUGAAGUUGACAGUUUUCAUAUUUGCCCUCUUUAUAUGCCACGUAUAUGGCAAUGAAUUCCGAGGCCUCAGUAAGAUACUGGCGUCAGCUACAAAAGGUGAUGUGAGGAAAGCAGGGACGUCCUCUAGAUCAUCGGGAGGUUCUGCGGCAGCAUCAGCAGCUGUUAGUGCUGCCCUGACGGCAGUCAACCCAGCGUUAGGAGCGGCAUCAGUUUUCCUCGCUCCAUUGACCGACGGAAUUGUUCAACUUGAAAAGCAAUUCAUGUCCUAUCUAAGUGAAAAUCUGUUGGGAAAUCAUCCAUUUCACACAGUCCUCGGACGAGGGGUGAGGCUCCACACUUCAGGCAAUAGCGUGACGAUACAGGAUGUGGCCAGUGGAAUAGCAGUGGUGGGGACAGGUGCCUCUCUAGAAGAGGCCAUGAGUGUGGCGACACAGAAGUAUGUCACUACAUUGUUAGAGAUGGGCUUUAUCAGCCAGGACGACUUACAUUUGGCUCCAGUACUCACCACCACUGAAGUGCCGUGUGGAGACAACUAUCCCAAGUCUUACUGUGAAGACAGGAAACGUAUGGGCUUCUGUUCUCCCGUCAGUGCCUACGCCACCUUCAUGUCUCAGAAUUGUUACGCAACGUGCAGGGGAGGAUGUUGAAGAUGUCAUUCUAACAGAGGUUGAUUUCACAAAAUGUCUGUCACAUAAGAAAAUAUACCAUCUCCACCUCG